CUCUGCCGCCGCCGCCGUCGCCAACGUCGUCGUCGUCGUCGUCAUCGUCGUCGCCGCUACCGUUGCUGCUGCCGUUACCGUCACCGUGUCGACAGAGCAAAGCGAGCGAAAGAGCUGGUCUUCCUUCCGCUUCGCGCCGUGCCGUGCCGCGCCGUGCCGUACCGUGCUGUACCGUGCAAGUGUCGUGUCACGUAGCCAUCGCGUAGCAGACAGCGCUUCCUCGGUCAGCGCGACGUCGUAGGACACGCGGCAGAGCGCGAGAGAACGAGAGAAAGAGAGGCAGUCCGUGACAGGGAAUACACGCGAGAGAGAGAGAGAGAGAGAGGGAAAGGGAGACAGUGUUGGCGAGCAGCACACUUGGCGUUCAAGUCGCGCGAUACUUCUUCAGGAAGACUCGAGUCCUUAACCUUCCUCUUUCUUUUCCCCCUCGACUUGGAUUUCGCUUCCCGGCGCGAACAUGAAUGAAGAGUACGACGCGAUCGUUCUCGGGACCGGCCUGAAGGAGUGCAUCCUCUCGGGCAUGCUCUCCGUCAGUGGCAAACGGGUGCUGCACAUCGACCGCAACAAGUACUACGGCGGCGAGUCGGCCUCCAUCACGCCCCUUGAGGACCUGUUCAGUAAGUUCAAGGCCCCAUCGCCGGACGAGAGCUAUGGCCGCGGUCGGGAUUGGAAUGUUGACUUGAUACCAAAAUUCCUGAUGGCGAAUGGGCUUCUCGUCAAGCUGCUCAUUCACACGGGUGUGACACGUUACUUGGAGUUCAAAUCAGUGGAGGGUUCAUAUGUAUACAAAUCGGGCAAGAUCUCGAAGGUGCCGAUCGAUCAGCAAGAAGCUCUGUCUAGCGAUCUGAUGGGCCUAUUCGAAAAACGGCGGUUCCGCAGCUUCCUUAUGUGGGUGCAGAACAUGCAGGAAGACGAUCCUAAAACGUGGGAUGGUUUCGAUCCCUUCAAUAACAGCAUGAGCGCACUGUAUAGCAAAUUUAACUUGGAUAAGAACACGCAGGACUUCACUGGACACGCGUUAGCAUUGUACAGGGAUGACGACUACAUAGGUCAAACCGCGGUAACUACCAUUAGGAGAAUUAAACUGUAUAGCGAUAGUUUAGCGCGGUAUGGAAAAUCACCGUAUCUCUAUCCGAUGUAUGGUCUAGGCGAACUUCCGCAGGGAUUCGCGCGUCUUAGCGCCAUUUAUGGCGGCACAUACAUGUUAGACAAGCCGAUCGAUGAAAUCGUCAUAAAGGAUGGCAAAGUGGUAGGCGUUCGUUCCGGUGAUGAGGUAGCUCAAUGCAAACAAGUUUUUUGUGAUCCUACAUACGUAUCUGAUCGUGUGAAGAAGGUCGGUCAAGUGAUAAGAUGCAUAUGUCUCAUGGAUCAUCCUAUACCAAACACAGCUGACGCACUAUCCACGCAAAUCAUCAUUCCUCAGAAGCAGGUCGGUCGUAAUUCCGACAUAUAUGUGUCUCUGGUGUCGUAUACUCAUCAAGUAGCGGCGAAAGGCUGGUUCAUCGCCAUGGUUUCGACCACGGUUGAGACAAAGAAUCCAGAAACCGAGAUCAAGCCUGGUCUGGACCUGCUUGGCCCAGUCAAGCAGAAAUUUAUCAGCAUCUCCGACUACAUGGUACCAGUGGACGAUGGUCUUAAUAGCCAGAUAUUCAUAUCCACCAGUUACGAUGCUACUACGCACUUUGAGACCACCUGUUUAGACGUGCUUGAUAUAUUCAAACGCGCCACCGGCGAAGAGUUUGACUUUAACAAGGUUAAGCAUGAACUCGGCGAUGAAGACCAGUAACCGUAAUCGCAAAAUGCGCGCGUGCAUACACAUCACACAACAUUAUGGGGAAAAAUUGAAGCGCCCAGUGUAUUUGCGUAUUCGAUUAAAAGAGGAAACAUCGUUUGACGAUUGCCGACGACUGCGUCGGCUUGCGACAGUGUCUCAAGGCAGAUACCAUGGAACAAGUCACGCUGCGAGCAGACCUGUGCCUAAUUAUGUAGAUUCUCUUUGAUAGAGGAUGAAAAAUGGAGGCAAAACUAAAAAUUCUCUAUCCAAUUUUUCUCUGUCUCACCCUACCCUCCUUGUCUACCGUUCCUGUGGCACAGUCUUAAACGAAACGCACGAAUUCUCUACAUUCACACAGAAAAAGACUCGGACUCUAUUUCUACGAUUUCGAACCGGAUUAUAUAAGGUUAGAUCCUCUUAUAAAUUUAUAUUUUACACGAAACAAUACACGAAUCCAAUCUGCCAAUAUACAUUCGAACAAAGAAUAAUAAAAGAGAAGGAAAUAAAGAUAAUUGAGACGUCCGUCACAGCGUGUAUACCUAUGUAUCAUAUUUUAAUAUAUCGAAAUAAGUGAAACGUUUAUCGGCAGAUCAGAUUGUACAAAAAAAAUCUACAAGUAUUGUAACAACAUCAUGUUGCUACAAAAACUAUAAUACAUUGUUAAACUAAUUGAUAUAAUGAUAAUGAUAUAAGUCUCAUAUCUCUGUUUAGAUUAGCCGGUAAUUUCUAUAGAUGUGAAGAUACUUCUGAAAAGUUUCUCAGUUGUAAAUUGAAAAAAAAUUUACUCGUAUUUGGACGUUUGAUUUUAGGUUGUUUAACUUGCAUUUAUUGUUUCAACAAAAUCGAAUAAUGUUAUAGUUUAUAGUUUUGUGCGAUUUGCCAAAUGGGCGGGUGAAAAUAUAUUCCAUUGAUAAGUUUCCCUUGCUUAUUGACUGUGUAGCAAAAUUAGGGAUAGCAAGAUACAAUGCGUUAUUUGAUGUGUACGCGUAUAUAAUUGUAACUAUGUUUCAUCUUCCAUAUUCAUUUUUCUCGUUAAAGAACCGUUUCGUUUAGGAAACAAUUCGUAACUAUCAAUAGCACGAUUAGAUAUCUUCAACGUUCAGAAAUGAAAUUAGGAAUAGGGAAGUCGUAUGCUCAUAUAUGCUUGAGACAAAGUCGAUGGCAAGUAAGAAAAAAAAA